GCCAGCCCUGCGGUGUGGUCCUGGACCCUGCAACAGCACAGAACCUGCUGCCUGAGCUGCUGGGCUACUUGCAGCCCGAGAAGCACGGGCCUGUCAAGGGUCCCCUCAGGUCUGUGCAUCUGUGGUUCCCUGUGCUCUGCAAGGCCUGAAAAAGGGGAGCAACCUGCCCAGAGUCCCUGCAGGACAGGAAAAAGAGAGAAAUCACGACAUGGAAGAACUCCACAGUGAAAAUGAAGGAAAACUGGAAAAGGAGGGAAAGUCAGAAGAUGAAGUAGAACCUGAAGAUGAAGGAAAGUCAGAAGAAGAAAAGCCAGACAUUGAGGGAAAGCCAGCACGUGAGGGAAAGCUGGAGGAAGAGGGAAAGCUAGAAGAGGAGGGAAAAGCUCAGGAUGAGGGCAAGUCAGAAAAGCAGGGAAAGUCUUCUGAAGGUGAGGGCAAGCCACAAGGGGAGGGCAAGGCAGAAUCCCAGGCAAAGCCAGCCAGCCAGCCACGCGCUGCUGAGAAGCGCCCAGCUGAAGAUUAUGUGCCCAGGAAAGCAAAAAGAAAAACGAACAGGGGGACUGACGACUCCCCCAGGGACUCUCAGGAGAAUUUGCAGGACAGGCAUUUGAGCAGUGAGGAGAUGAGAGAAUGUGGAGAUGUGUCAAGGGCUCAGGAAGAGCUGAGGAAAAAACAGAAAAUGGGUAGCUAUCACUGGAUGCAGAGAGAUGCCCAGGAUGCAUUCGCCCCCAGGGGCCAACGUGGUGUCAGGGGAGUGAGGGGCGGAGGUAGAGGCCAAAGGGGUUUACACGAUAUCCCAUACCUUUAAUGCCUUUGGCCUUGGAUUCUGACUUCUCUGAUGGGGACAUUGCAGGCCCUGCUUUCUUUCCCUGGUAGAUACUUGCCAGGCCCUGUGCUUUAACCUUAAGCUGAGACUUUGCUUUAGGUGUCACUGCCCUAACCAGAAGCCUUUCCACCCAACCACAGCGCUCUUUUAGUACAGGUUUUUUUCACCCAUGUGCAUGGAAGAGAUGUUCAUGGUACACUGUAAAA